AUGGGCACCGGCAGCGACGCUGUGUCGCUUUGCAGGCGUAUUGUGCAAAGUGUCAACGACGCGACGACGUCGCGUAGAGCGUUUCUGCAUGAGAGCAGCAUCGUUGGAUGGAGGCACGGGUAUUUACCUGUUGAAGGGCCAGCGUAUCUGCUACUCUCCCAAGCUUCCUCAAGCACGCCAUCAAUGUUGGUGGGCUAUCGAGUUAUCGGGGCCACGGCGGCGGCGCUGCUGCUGGCUAAGUUGGCCUAUGGUUUUUACCACUUCAAGGGGCUUGCUUUCAUAAGGGCAUCUGAGCAGGAGGAGCUGAGUUGA